AUGGGUUCCUCUUCCAAGACCCAAGUCUACGGCUCGACCUACGGUGGCGCCUCGGGCUCGACGACCCCCUCGUCGUCAUCCGCCGUCGGCAGCUUGCUUCGACGGGCUGGCUCUGCGAGUGCGAGCGUGGGCGCGGGCAGUUCGUCGAGGCACCAGGCCCGAUUAGGCGUCACGACAGACUAUCUCGACCUCAGCUUGCACUCAGCCUGUGCGAAUGGCAACGUUGGUACGUUCUCACGCCUUUUUCUCUCUUGCUUGCGAUCCUGCGGGUGGGGCUACCACGACUUGUGCCAUCUCCUCUUCACGAUCAACUCGAUCGUCGAUUUAGCCGUGGGCGGGCUUGCUGGCUUUGAGCCUCGGCCCGAUUCGUUCAGAUUCCGCGCCCCGGCGCCGCGCGCGUGCCCCUCACCGCCCCGCCGCCGCUGGCCACUUGGAUGAGGUGUGCCUGGCCCACGGAACGGAAAACCCACAUUGCUUGAUCGUUUCGGAGUUCGUCGUCGGAGCUCGAUCGGUUCCCGCGGGUCGUAGCUGGAAAUCUUCACCACGACUCAUGAGCUACCCGUCACAGCAUCGGCGAUUCUUCACGACGAUCCGGCGGCUCCGAUGGUCGACUGGUCAUUGCUGGUCAUACACCGUGCAUGACUCGCAUGGUCCUUCGGCGCGGCGGAACCCCCCCGUCUCGAUCACCGAGCUUGAGCCCCGUGAGACGAGCGUUGACCAUUCCUUCUUUUCCGCCGCGCGUCUUUUUGUAUAUACCCGUACAGGCCUCGUCAAGUACGCUCUACAACAUGGUCAACCCGUCAACUCGGUGCUCAAUGGCGUACUGCCCCUGCACGCAGCCGCGAGCUCGGGCAACGAGCAGAUCGUUCGGAUGCUCAUUGCAGCUGGCGCCGAUGUCAACUCACCGAGGUCCGCUCUUUGCCUUGCAAAUCACGCGCUGAUGGAUCAUCUCACUGACGCCCGCUUUCCCAUCUCGAACAGGCUUCCAAGACGGUACAGCAAUGAAAAGACUCGAUCGUCUGGGAUCGCAGUCGGCACGGCCGGAUCGACACCGCUCCACUUUGCUGCUGCAAACGGCCAUGCGGGCGUCAUCGAGAUCCUGUUGCAGUACGGCGCCAAGCCGAACGCACUCGAAAAGUACGACCUUACACCCGAGAUGAUCGCCCAACAGAAAGGGCAUCUCGAGGCGGCGCAACUGUUGCAUGAAUGGUCUGAGGGCUUUGAGGACGAUACUCUUUCCAUCAACCAGGGCAAGGUAUCGUCGUCGUCGUCGAGUUUGAGAUCGAGUCUGAGCAAGAAGCGACUGCAUCCGAGACGGAGUUUGGAUGCGCUCGCCGUGAGCUUGCAGCAGCACGCGUCGAACCCACAUCUAUUGCUAGCGCAGCGACCACCCAACGCCGCCGCGUCGAUGUCGUUGCAUACGAUCGGCGGUCAGAGUCCCAUCUCUGCGGGCGGGACUGGUGAAGGGCCCAAGUCAUCAGGGAGCAAGAUGUUGAUCGCCAACCACCCCAUACACGAGUCACACUCGGCGAGACGGCCGAGCCUCCCAAGCGUGUUCGAAAAGGCUGCUCGUCCGACGGCGGCGCUCAAGCAUGCCCUCGGACUCGGUUACCGGGGCCCCUCGGACGGACCUUCGGGACGUGUGCUCCGUAAAAGCAGUAGCAAGAGCAAUCUCUCGGCCUCGGUGUGGGGAAAAGAUCCUCAUGGGGACUUUAUCGAGGACGAGGAAGAUCUCUGCGAGUUUGGGACGGAAGCCGACGAGGUCGAAAACGAGGAUGUGCCAAUGCGGAGGAAGAGCGAAGAACUUACCAGAUCUCACUCAAAGCGCGAUUCGAUGGGGAGCUUGACGAGCAUUAGCGAAACGCCGGCGACUGCGCCUCCUACAAAGACGACUUUCGCUCCUGACCAUAUGAUGGGUCCACCCGCACCCCCACCUGCGUCGCUGUCGAGAUCGGGCUCCAUCUCCACCGCGAGUGCAGCGUCCUUUUAUCGACCUCGGCAUUCGUCCCAGCUCAGUGGUCGGGUCGUCUCGUCCACGCCUCAGUCGCCUCAGUCGUCGUCCUCCAAUGUUCAGGUCUUUAUCGAUGACGAGGACGAAGCUACACCGGUCAACUCGACGCUGAGGCAGCGAAGUCUUACGGCUGGCUCUCCAUCGAGUCGUGGCCCCCCACUCGUGGCACCAGCUGGGCGGCGGCGCGAGACGAGCGCGACGAGCAGUCAGUUUUCACUACAUACCCCGCCCCAGUCCCAGAUUCCCUCGGGCAUCGUCACGCCCGACUCGCUGCUCACUUCAUCGAGACCGACGAGUGACGAUGGAGCGAGCGGCAGUACUUCGAGCCGUACGAGGAGCAGGGGUGAGACGCACGUGCCUUCGAGCAUUGGGUCGAGGACGACAGUUGAGCCUGCACGGCGUGGAGCUGGAUUCGUCGUGCGCAAUCGGACCGAUAGCGCGAGCUCGACCGCAUCUUCGGCGUUAUCGCGUCGUCACUUGUCGACGAAGCUUGCGGGUCUGAAUGUCAACGAGUCGCAGCGUCGGACUGUGCCGACUUCACCUUCGUUGGCACCCGAGCCGAUUGUCAAAAAGGCCGAGACACGCACCAGCCGCAGCAACUCAGCGGGUACGGAUGGUCGCUUCUCGUCCAGUCCUGCUUCGUCUUACUCUGGCCCAGGGACGCUCUCGACGUAUGCGCCUUCGACGAACUCGACUACUGCGACCUCGAUCGCGACGAGCAAAUCUUCUCACAACGCCUCGCCCGUUCCGCAGUACCAUGCGCGGUUACCGGUGCUCUCGCCGUUGUACGAGUCGUCGCCUCAUUCUUCACCCUCGACGAACAACACCCGAACUCGUCAGCAUGUCAACUCCAGUGGUCACAUCACGACCAGUGCCGAGGCAAGGACCCGGGUCAAGAAGGUCGAGCAGGAGCUCUUGGAAUUCGCUGCGAGCGGCUCGAGUGCCUCGGGCGCAUCGACGACCAAGAAUGCGGCUGGUGCGGCGACGGCCCCGAUGAGCUUGACCGACACACUUGCGGCAUACGGGCAGGGACUGGCGCUUGAACGUCGACUCAAAGCGAUCGAGAAGAAUGGAGGGGCUACCCCAUCUCCCGGUGCCAGUGGAGGUUUCCGCUUCGAGACGAUCGGGACGAGUUCGAGCAAAGCCGCUGGGCCAACAUCUGCCGUUGAGGCUCGGGACAGCGCUUUGCCGACGGCCACGACGACGGUGUCGAAAUUGACGGUGCCGGUGCCGCAGUGGAGAGCGAUCCCUCCCGUCGACCGGCUCAUGCCUCCUGCUGCUGCGGCCGCUUCGGGUCGUCGCAGCGUCAGUCCUGUGAGCGGGUUGUCGCAUGCGACGGCGACACACUCGGCAGCGAUGCCUGCGCCAUCGCGCAAGAGCUCGAGAGACAGCGAGUCGACACUGGGCGGCAUCACGUUCGUUCCGAUUGCCGCGUCGGUGAACGCCGGCUCGGGCUCGUCGACUGCCCCUCCGACGCGCGCCUCGUCGCCCUCUUCGAGCCGAUCGGGCAAGUCGCAAACGCAUACCUUGCGCAAUGCGGCCUCGUCGUCACACCACCAGCAUGGGCACCAUCCCCACCACCACCACCACCACUCCUCGAGCCAUCCGUUGACCUCGUCUGGGAGCGCUUCGAUACCCGUCCAAAUUCAUCAACCUCAAGCGAUCCUGGGGAUGGGCGACAAGGGUGUCUCCUACGUCGAAGCCGUUGUACCACCCUCGUCUUCACCCGCAACCUCUCACCAUCGAAGUUCGAUUCCCAAGAAUGAGAUCUCAGCCGGCAAUCGCUCGUCGAGAGGUGGUGGAUCGUCCGUGACGAGCGUACAGGAACAAGUCGAUCUGGACGCAUUGGAACAAGCGAGGUUGGCCGCGAUCGUCCCUAUCGCUCCUAUUACGAGACCCAAAGAGAAGAGAAGGGGGUUUGCCAACAAAUUGUUCGGCAAGUAG